CCACGCAGCCAGGGCUGGCAGGGGAGUGAGUUGGCUCUUCUCCCACAGGGGCUCUGCAGAGGCUGCUACCGAAGAGUCCCUCUGCUCUGCACGAUGACAACCGUUGAAAGGGUGGUGGGGAAUCUGAACUUCGGCAGGUGUGUGGGCAUCGAGAUAUUCAACAACACUGAAAAUGUGACUCUCGAGAACCCCAGGACUUACUGUAAGAGUGGCAACGUAUGGAUGGAGCCUACACCUGAAAUCCCCCCCGGUGGCUCGGGGAGCAGCGUGUUUGUGAAAAAAGGCAGGACGGCUUGCGGGAGCGUGGGGGUGCUGAGCUACGAGUCCAAUAUCUUCACCCUGGCCAUCAUGUUCUCCAACCCCUUCAACUACAACUUGUACAACAUUGAGUUUGCUCUUCAACUCUGCAGUGGCAGGCAGCAGUUUGACAGCAUGGAGCGCCUCUAUAGCUAUAUGCAUGGUGGGGGCCCGCCCUAUCAGUGCCACUCCUUCAGGAAGGCGGUGCUCCGGGGGUGGAAUCCUGGGGAACUGAGGGUGCGCAACCAGGAGAUAGAGGUGAAAGCCACCAUGACCAGCAACUAUAAGUCCUACAUUAGAGUGCAGAUCGAGCAAACCAAUCCUAGCCCGCCCUAGCUAUGCACUCAGCCCAGGGAAAUGCCCCCAUGUGACAGACCAGGAUGCAGGGGAACUAGGGACUUUCUUUCUCACAGCCUGCAUAGACAGUGAUGUGCUAGCUCUGCUCAUGCGAGGAUUUUUAGAAAUGGCCAGAGCAGUGUGGGCGGUGGGAAGAGCUAGCCAGCCAAGCAGGGCUGGCCCACAACACAAAUGACACCCCCAUACCUCCUCAC